AUGUCUAUUAUCUACGCCCUGGUCGCAAGGAGAAGCCUCAUCCUUGCUGAAUACACAAACUCAUCCGGAAACUUCACCACCGUUACGGAAGCCAUCCUGGAAAAGAUCCCUCCUAACAACUCCAAGCUAACCUACGUCUACGACAGAUAUCUGUUCCACUACAUCUGCGAGGAUGGAUUGACCUACAUGUGCAUGGCCGACGAUUCCUUUGGCCGUCGGAUUCCCUUUGCAUUCUUGCAGGACAUCAAGGAAAAAUUCCUGGCUCAGUACGGACGUGAGCGUGCCCUGAAUUCUUUGGUCGCCUAUAGCAUGAACGAGUUCUCCAAGACCAUUGCCAAACAGAUGGAGUACUUUUCGACAAACCCAGAGGCCGACAGGAUCAAGCAGGUUCAGGGGGAGAUCGAGCAGGUCAAGGAUGUCAUGGUUCAAAACAUCGAGCGUGUUCUGGAGCGUGGAGAGCGCAUUGAGUUGCUCGUGGACAAGACUGAUAACCUGAACCAGCAGGCUUUUGCAUUCAAGAAACGGAGCACUGUACUCAAGCAAAAGAUGUGGUGGAAGAACGCCAAGUUGAUGGUCAUCUUGAUCUUGGUUGUCAUCUUAUUGACCUACCUGGUUAUCUCGGCUGCCUGCGGAUUCCCCACCUGGGCAUCAUGCCGUGCCUCUAGCACCCCCCCGACCCUUCUUCUCUUCUAA